GAGAAAUUACUGUAGCAAAUCACCCAGUUCUUUCCGACCAGAACUAUUUACCGGAUACAAACCGGAGGAACCAGCACGGAGGGAGGUGGCAGAGACAGUGGGUGAAACUGGGCGAAGAUGAAGCUGCAUCCAUUACCUCUGCUGUGUCUGUCCCUUCUUUUGUUUCAUUUAUCAAUGGCCAAGAGAGGAGGCAGCUUUGGGAAAAGCUUCGGCUCAAAAAAGAAGGGCUCCACACCUAAACGAGGCAACACUAACACCAACACAAAUAAUCAGGGCUCCAACUCUCAGGCUGGAUACCCCAGACAGCCUGUGAAAACCAAUCAGCAUCCGCAGUCAGGCAGACCGGGGUAUCCAGGUAGUUACCCCCGGCAGCCGGCUGGAGGCUACCAGAACCAAGCAGGGGGCUCCUAUGGAGGAGGAUACAUGAACAGAAACCCAAACAACAAAGUCCUGAGCCCACAAUAUGGUGGCAGUUUUGGACACGGGGGCUAUGGUGGUGGGGGUGGCUCUCCCUUUUCCCACUCAGUUCAGUCAAUGGGCAUGUAUCCCUCUGAUAGGUCCAGAGGGUUUGGACGCAGUGCAGUGGUGGCAGCAGCUGGAGGGGCUAUGGUGGGGAUGGCUCUGGGCUACGGGCUAGGGAGGUUCCCCCGUCCCCCCUUCAACUUCCACAACUCCCAGGAGGAGCAGUACUACAACAACUAUAUGUACAGGAAAUAUGGUUCCAAGUCCACUGAUGCCAACGACUACAGCAGAGACUACAAAUACAUCCAACCUCCUGAAACCUAUGAUAGCUACAUGGACUCCUGCAUGAAGAGAACAGACAUUCUGCCUGCGGGGAAUCCAAAAACAAACAAUAAUCCAGCUGCUACCACCUCAACAACAACUACAACUGCUAUUGCAACUACCAAGACUACUUCUGUAAAUAUCACAACUACUGCGGUCCCAGACUCUGGCAUUGACAGCAACACAACACAAUCUAACAGCACUGCAGGAGAAAGUCCCUUGACCACUGCACCUUCAACUCAACACCCUCUAAAUGAGUCAGGAGCCGAUCCUCUGCCUACAGCUGCACAGGUUCUCAGAAAACAUGUCAAUGAUGAUAAUGAUGAUGACGAUACAGUCAGCAUUGUGGAGAUCGGUUACCCGGCAUUGAUUGAGCAGCUGAAGGCCAGGAGGUGUGUAGAGCUGUACAUAGCCUACUCUGAAAAGUACUUGAAGAAAAAGGAUAAGCCCAGCACCACAGCCGGUGGGGUGCAGCGACUGGAGAUGGGCUUGCAAGGGCUUUUAGCUGUUGUCACCAGGAUGCUUCUCAAUAGCAACAUGCAUAUGCUGCUCUACUAAGGCCUUCAGUAGCAGUUAUAUUGGUAGAAACUUCAGUUUUCUGGAGUCUAGUAGAGUCUGGCUUGGAAGAGAGUAUAGGUAACAGUUUCAGUUCCAAUUUGGAAAGAUUUGCAAGUAUUCUAAAAGUAGAGUAUACUCAUAUAUAUUCAUUUCUUAGUUAAGCUUUCCUUUUGAGUACUAAAAAAUGUUUCAUUGACUGCAUUGGUUUCUCCAAAUGUUUACCUGCUAACUGUCAUCUACUGUAAAUAACAUAAUGACUAUGUAUAAGUACUUUGUCCAACCCAACUUCAAACUCAACCAUCCCUUCAGCUUAGAUUUCUGAAUGAAAUCGGCUGUUUGUUUGUCCAGACUGAAAUGAUCAUGUGUGCUGAUAUAUGUGGAGGAUUACGUUUUUGAAAGAUGGUCAUAAUAAAUCAUACUUAUCAUGGUACCACCCUAAACUGAGAUGGUGAACAUGGUAAAUAUUGUGAGCAUGUUAGCAGGCUGACAUUGAACUAGAAGCACCACUGUUCUUAAAUACGGCCUAACAGAGCAUGAGCUGCUGUAGACUCAGACUCGUUUAAUUUAUUUAUGCCACCUGUCCAGUGUCAGUGUCCCGAGGGGAUUAGUUUGCACCAUGGGGCUCGUACUCUGUCAUGGUGAUCUGCGUGAAUAAAUAGCUGGAGAGAAUGGAGAUGUGCUUUAAGUAGGAAACAGUAAUUGAGUUAACUCAAUUUUACAUUGUAAGUUUAACAGAGUAUCUGGUCAAUGGUUCACAUGGUUGUACAUGACAUAACACCCUUUAUGCCAACAUCAUUAAAUGGGGAAAAAACUGCCCUACACAGACACACACACAUAUUGUGCUUAUGUAGCUUCUGAUUGCAGAAGUUCUACAAGAUCUCUCAUUCAUUAUUUGUUGCAAGAGUAGUAAAACAAUAUAUUCAUAACAAAGUGUAGUAUUACUUUCAGAAAGCCACAAUAAUCAGAAUAUACAACUAAUUAUUUACGACGUAUUUGAUCUGAUGUAUCAACUAAAAUAAAGUUUUUGUUUUUUACUGUCAUGACUGCUUCCUAUUUUAUAGAAACUUGAUUUCAGGUUCAUAUAGUGAUACAGUUUUCAAGUUUGUAUUGCAGGACUUACAAGGGCCAGCAGGUGGUGUCAUCAACUGUAUUCAUUAAAGGAAGAAAUGCAAUGA